AUGUCUCCUGUAUUACCGGAACACUCGCAAUUCUAUGAAAAAUGUAAUGUUAAAGCUAUAAUUAAGGUCUCGAAAUUAAUUUUGGAAAACUUCCCAUAUUUGUCGUUUCAUAGUCUUGUUGGCGGAAAUGAUCAGGAAUGGUCACAAACAUUGGGAUGCUCGUCCGAUGAGCUGGAACAAAUCUUAGAUCAUUUGAUUUCAAUAUGGAAGUACAUAGUCUAUCAUCAACCAAAGAUGGAAGCAAUGACUGAAAUGUUAGAAAAGGUAACAAAUAAUACUCAACUUUCUGAUCUCAUGGUUGACAUAUGGCGAGAGCAGGGACUCCACAUAGUUAGCCGUGUAGGGAAGAUUACUAUGAGCGAAAGCCCUCGUGUUCGUGACGUUCUCAUUUCAACUGAUCUCCAACUUUCCAAUGAUUCCAACAAGGAUGAGAGAAGGGUUGAGGCUACAAUCAGUCUUUCAACCGACAAUGGUCAAAAAGAAGUAAAGAUCAGUAAAGAAGAGUUAUUCAGGCUCUAUGAAGAGGCUAAUAAAAUUCAGAAAGCUAUUGAUAAUUUACUGGAAUGA